AUGUUAAUUUCUGUUCUUUUUCUUCAAGAGGCAAUCAAGGGACUCGUGAGUGAGUUCAAGGUGCCUAAAAAUGAGGACGCAAAUAAAGUGAAGUAUCAAUUUCAAUGGCUUUACACCAAUGGUAUGUUGGCAAUUGUAUUCUCAUUUGGGCUUUUAUACACGACAUUAAAAAGCAGGAAAGCAAGAUUAUGGUGGUUUGGGACAGGCCGACUUAGAAGCUUCAUAGCAGACUAUGGAGUCCCAUUGAUGAUUAUAGUGUGGACAGCUGUCUCUUUCAGUGUACCUGGCAAACUCCCUUCUGGAGUUCCAAGAAGACUCUUUAGUCCACUCUUAUGGGAAUCUGAAUCAACAUACCAUUGGACUGUUAUCAAGGAUAUGGGUAAAGUUCCUCCUGUAUACAUCUUUGCAGCCUUCAUCCCAUCUCUUAUGAUAGCUGGCCUUUAUUUCUUUAAUCAUAGUGUUGCUUCACAGUUAGCUCAACAGAAAGAAUUCAACCUCAAGAAUCCUUCAGCUUAUCAUCACGACAUUCUUUUGCUUGGAUUCAUGACGUUGCUUUGUGGACUAUUAGGACUACCUCCUUCGAACGGUGUAUUGCCUCAAUCACCCAUGCACACUAAAAGCCUAGCGGUUCUCAAAAAACAGGCAACUCCACACACAAAAAAAUAA